UUAUGAACCGCUUUUUAGAGUGUAAAAUAAUGUUUCAUAAGAGUCUUAUGAAAUUCUUUCAAUUUUCAUACGAUGUUCUUAUGAAAAAUAGAAGAAACGGCAUUGUGAAAAAAUAAUGAACAAAUUCAUUCAUAGCAUCAGUUUUUUUCAUCAUCUAACAGUACGAAACAAUCGCCAGUUCAUAGUUAUUAUAGUUUUCCUUCAAUGUUAAAUGUUAUUGCUAUCUCCGGAAUGGUAAGUCCGAUUUGAUGGUUUUGGUAUGAACGUUGAAUAUAUUAGUAAACAAAAAUACAUUAUUUCUUUACUUUUCAGCAAGCUGAUCGCCAAAAAACGGAAGGUCGAAGAUUGAGAUGCGGCAAAAAAAAAUUUGAUGGAGCCGUCUGUUGAUGCACUGCUGAUGGUGACCAUGAAGAAUUUAGUUUUAAACAAAUUUGGCAAACAAUAAAGUGAAUGUUUUCAGCAUGAAAUAACUAGAAUUUUUCUUAUUAGAAAGUGAUUUACUGUUUCCAUAAGAGUCUCUUAUGAAAAGCAACAACCUCUCAUUGAAGUAGGCGUUCAUCUUCAGAAUUCAUUCGCGUCAUAAGACAAUCUUAUGAAUUUCAUAAAUUUUUCUUAUGGCGCCACUUCAUAAGAGAAUCUUAUGGCAUACAUAAUAGUAUUUUUCUGAGUGUGGGACUGCUAGGCUGCAGAGCUUGAAGGGGGGUGCAAGGUGUGUAUAUAAUCAGGAGGUGUUACCGAAUAUCGAAUUCCCGAUUCAGCCAUUUUGGCUAUGUAGGCUAUGCAACUAUAUGGAACUCAUGAAGUUUGUUUACCAACAAACCACCGAAAAGCUGGGCUAAAAAUAAACAAACUCAUUGAGAGCCCCGCUCACUCCUCGCCUACUAACUGUGAAAGUCGGAGAACCUAGUGUAUCAAAAGACCUUGGGGGGGUGUUAGAGUGCAAUCUCUGGCAGCACUGUUGUUGACCUAUUGUAAACGUCAAAUACUUUUCCCUCCUUUUACUCACAACCCAUUGUAUCGUUAAUCAGAAUACACGUUGUUAUUUUUUGCUCUGUUAAGUCGCGUGUUUUUCUCCGGUUUUCGUCGGGAAACCAAUCCGAAACCACUUUAAUUUCGCCUUUAGUUUUUUCAUCGCGGUGUCCUGAUUUUUGUCAAAACCACCUGGCACCCCUGUAAUACAUGCGAAAUUUUGAAAAGUUCUAGCGUAACAUUUCAUAAGGGCGAAACUAGCAGUUAGCUCGAAUCGAGAAAAACGCAUUUGAAAUUUCGGAACAUCUAAUCAAAUCCUAUUUAAAAAAUCGUCCACUUUUUGUACAACAAAAUCAAAAAAUUUACGUUAUAUUCACUUAUUGUUCGUUGGUUAUCAAAAACUUUAACUUUUUUCACUAAAUUUCAGAGAUUUUCAAGUUUCGUCCUUUAUUGUUUUCGAUUCUAGUUACGCCUGCAAGUUUCGCCCAAUUGAUCGGCCGUUUUUGUUUUGGUUUUGAAGUUAAGCCCUUUGGCCCUACACGCAAAAACUAAUUGGGCCCUUUUGUCACACACGGUCAACUCUGUUACGCCUAUUGAGCCUAUAGGUAUACACGAAUAGAAAAAUUAACCCCAUUUUGAAUAGGCGUAACUUCACGUUCCAACAAAAAUGCAUCAACAUGAAGUUUCGCCCAAUUAAAUUUUAUCAAGUUUUUGAAAGUUUUAAGCGAUUUUAAGAUGAAACCGCGUUCAUUAGGUAAAGUGCAAUCGCGUACAUCCGGAAUGACCGUUAACUCGAUUUGUUUACAUUUGGCAGUUUCGCCCUUUUGAAAUGUUACGCUAGAGUUAAUCUUCUAGGGUGGUUCAUCUGUCAAAACAAAAAAAAAUUACACUCUAGUCCGUUACAACCCAAAACUAACAACAAAUCAGAUAAUUCAUUAUUGAUUUUGAAACUUUUAUUUUGGGUUGUUGAUACCAACGCUGAACUUUGUUUUGAUAUGCGCAUGAGUACGUUGUUAAAUUUGGGUUGUUUUUAUUCUGAGUGAAAUCAGUUCGACUGUUUAUAAACAUUGCCAGUGAAAAGUUUGAAUGCAUUAAUUUGUAAGUUUUUGUUAAAUUUAACAGUGUUUAGGAUCCCAAGGCAGUUGGUCCCAAAACAAUGGAAAUAGACACUUCCGGUCAAUUGAAGCGAGAGGAGUUUGAUCAUCAACCGAAGUUCGAGCUGGUGGAUGUGAAAACAGAACCGGAUGACGACGAAGAAUCAUCAGCGGCCACAGAAGGGAGUGAAACUCCACCCGCUUAUCAGAAGAAAAAAAGAAAACAAUCGCCUCCAUUGGCUAAAAGGAAGUCUGUUGAGAAACGAUAUCGAUCAUCCAAACAUACCCAAGUUAGUUGGGAGGAUUUUGAAGACUGUCCGAGGGAUGACUUUCUGCGUGAUACAGCGGAGGAUGUGCCGAUUCUUAAUGCUAACAGUCAACAGUUGGAACCUCAGUGUCGAUUAUGCUUGCGCAAGGUUCCACAAAAUGCUCUGCGACUUGCCGAUAUGAAAUUGAAGUCGAAAAUCAAGAACGUGUUCCGUAUGAAAAUUUUUCUACAAGACUCGUACCCUUUCAUAUGUAGUAAUUGCGUGAAUCUGAUAGACAUUUUCUACAAUUUUAAGGAUGCAGUUUUGAAAGCCAAGGUUCUGCUAACAUCUGAAAGAAUUUGCAUCGAGAACGAUUUCUGGCAAUCUCCCGGGCACACAGAAGCUAUUGCCACUUGCCAAGCUAUCGUUACUCACCAUAAGACUCAAAUUGAUGCUCUGUAUGAUGAUUUCAAAACCCGCACGAAGAAGGAAGCGUCUCCUGAACCGGAACCGACCGCGUUUGAACCGGAUUAUAUUCUUACAGUUUUUGAGAACGAAAGUGAUCCGGCAGCGGAAACGACCAAUGAACCAGUCCCGGAAGCAUCGGGUAUUGGUGACGAAACUGUUAAUCUUAAAACAGAGUAUUUGGAAUUCGAUGAUACUUCAGCAGCUCAUGACGGUAAUACCGAUUACGAUUCGGACGAUUACAAGCCACUAGUAAAGAGGGCAACAAAAUCAAAAGCGACGCCCAAAAAGCGAGGGCCUAAACCGAAAAAUAAGGAAAGUCUUGAAAAGACACCGAAGAAACGUGGUGGACGGCGCAAGAAGAAUGAAGAAGGCGGUCCGAAACCACAGUCUGAAGAUGUUUUACACAGCCUGUGCGAUUUUUGUGGCGAGCGAGUUCACGCGCAAACCAUCGAAGCGCACAUGAAUCAACAUCUCGGCCUUAAACCGUACAGCUGCCCGAUAGAGGGUUGUGACCUAACGUUCGGUGGCAAGUAUCAUCAGAUUCGUCACAUCCGGCGAAUGCAUGGCGAAAAGGGUGUCGAGACUCACGAGUGUGACACCUGCGGCAAGAUCAUUCGAGGGCCUAGGCAUGCCCUCAAGUACCACCAGCAGAGGCACAAAGCCGAAAAGAAGUACAUCUGCCAAGUGUGUGGCAAGGCCUUCACGAUGGCCUGGUAUCUGACGCAGCAUUCGAUCAUCCACUCGGAAAAGUUCCCUUACAAGUGCAACUACUGUGGCAAAGAAUUCAAAUUCAAAGCCAGUAUGAAAACUCACGAGAAGAACGUUCACGAGAAGAAGAUGGAACUGCAAGAGUAUUAUCAACCACAACAAUCGGAUGCCCAUAUGCAAUAGGAAAGAAAUGUGUAUUUGUGUAUUACUUAUGAAUAGUCAAGUGUAUUUCUAUAUGAGGAGCUUCAUAAUACUACGUAGCAUCACAUCGGAUACU